CGACAAGUUAGACACAAAUGUGUCACGCAAAUUCACGGUUAGGAAGCGUCGCAGACUCAUAAUUGUCUUUCUAGGAAUGAUACUAGAGAAUGGAUGAUCCACGACACGAUGAUAUGGUAUUUACAUCAUCCACAACUGAUAAAGACUUUGGAGCUCUUGUUUCUAUCAAUGGUACAGUGGAGAAACCCCAAUCAGAUUAUUGUAAUGAAGUAAACGACAAACUUCGUUUAGCUGAAGAUGUAAUAAAAUGUCUCGCUGAAAGAUGUGAAGAACUGGAAAGUUUAAGCGAAUAUCUUCCGUGUGUUAGAAAAGAAAUUCGUGGCCAAAUCGAACAGAGCAUGCAAAUGAUACAAAGGUCUGUAAGUGAAAGACACGACUAUUUGUUGAAUGAACUUGAUUCUUGUUUGAGUGUGAGAAAUGAAGCUAUAAAUAAGUUACAUACGGAAUUCGAGACUCGACUUCAAAGACUAUCUUCACACGUCGAUCUUUUGAAAAGACUUUUACAUACACAACCCACUAAUGAAAUCUCCUAUCAAACUCAAAAGGUUAUUCAAAACACAGUUUCAAGAGAUCUUGCUACUCAAAAACAUAAAGCUGAGAUCGAAAAGCUUAUUUCUGCCCCUGUACCUUUGCACCCAUCUGAAACUGAUACUAUGUCAUUCUUUCCCACUGAUUUAGAUCAGGUUUUGAGUAUGGUUAAGUGUGUUGGCUCUCUCGGCUUAACUGCAGUUGAUGCUCAAAAUACGAGCUUAUCUGAUAACUACUUGGAUCAUUUUGUCUCAGUCAGACGCUGCCAAGCGAACGAAGAAGUCAAAGUCGAUAUUAUCACUAAUGACAGGUUGGGCCGUGCAGUAGCGAAUGCAUCCAGUAAGGAAUUUUCAGUCCUCUUAACUCAGAAAAACAUCAGUGAGAUGGAGGUUGGAAUUCAAGAGAAACAAAUAUCAGACAGCGGUUCUAGUCUUUCACUUUAUAGCAAUCACAAUGGAAAUAACAUUCAAGGAAAUAAUUUACAAGUGGUUUAUAAAAUUUCUCAUCCUGGUUUGUACGAUCUUAGAAUUAAAUUAUUUGGUGAACACAUAAAAGGAUCUCCUUAUUGCAUAAGUGUUGAUACUCCUCCUAAAGCAAGUCUACAAGCAAUAUCUGAAACAAUGAGAGAGAUUAGUGAAUUACCACGUCGUACACUAAACAGAAUUCAAUCUAGAAGACGUUGUCAGUCUGAACCUGCUUAUUCAAAUUUAUCUGAUCAGCCAACAGCAUUAGCUGAUCUACAUAAAAUGGAAAGAGGUGACUUUUUAUAUUCCGUUGGUACAAAAGGAAGAGGUAAUGGUGAAUUUGCAAACCCAUCUGGAAUAUGUAUUACAAGAGAAAAUAAAAUACUUGUCGCUGAUAGUAACAAUGCAUUUAUUCAAGUUUUUACACUUCAAGGUCAAUUUAUCUUUCGUUUUGGAGAGUAUGGAUAUCACCCUGGUCAGUUAAUGCGACCGGUUGAUGUAGCAGAAACAAUCAAUGGGAAUUAUCUGGUUUCAGAUUAUGAUUUACACUGUGUGACGGUAUACAAUACAAGUGGACACUACAUGUCUAGAUUUGGCCAACGUUACCUCUCUGGUCCUAAAGGUAUGGUUGUAGACAGUCGUGGACGUAUUGUGGUAGUCGAUCAAAAAUCUUGUAUGAUUUGUAUUUUUAAGCCAACUGGAAAGUUUAUCAAUCGCUUCGGUGCACGCGGUCUAGCUGAUAAUCAUUUUGGCAAUCCAAUAUUUAUAACUGUUAAUUCACGAGAUGAAAUAUUUGUCUCAGAUCAUGUACAUCAUUGUAUUAAAGUAUUUGAUGUAAAUGGACUAUUUUUAUUUAAAUUUGGAGUGAACGGAAUUGAUCCGGGUAUGUUACAUGCUCCAACAGGUAUUGGAUUUGAUCGAUUUGACCAUAUUUAUAUCAGCGACUGGGGGAACAAUCGGGUACAGGUUAGUAUAAUAAUAAAUGGAACUUAUUCAUGCGCUUAUUAUAAUAAUUGUAUGUAAAAAAAACUCCAGUUGAUAGCUUUUAUAUUAAUUACUGAUAAAGUUAAGUCUAUAUAAAGCCUUGGUAUUCAAGUUUUGAGUUACAAUCUAAAAUAUAAAUUUUUGUUUACUUAGAAAUGUCCAACUAUAAGUAAAAUAUAUAGGUGUUAUAAAGUUUUAAAUUUGAUUGGUUUACAGUUGUUAUAGCUCAGUUAAAAAAACCUAUGAAUUUCUAGGCAAGAAGAGACAGUCCUCUGUCUAACUUACAGGUAUAAAUUUGUUACGAUCUAAAAAUGAAAGUGCCAUCGCAUGUUUUGAGAUUACAUUCUUGUAAUGAUACUAAGCGGAUGUUUUUACUGGCUUAGUAUCGUGCUGAAAUAUGUUUAGCUAGUUAUUUCUUAACUGUUUACUCAGUGUUUCAGAUAAUGAAGUUGAAUAAAAAGACUAAAAUGUUUUCGUAUUUACUGGGUAUAAUUAUUUGAAAGUCAAAUGUUAUUUGUGUAAAGAAAUUUUAAUAAAUUUUGUAUCUUAAGCAAUGUACAAUGUCUCAAAAUUAUACUGGAAGGGUAAAAACGGAAACUAUGUCUGUAUGCAACCAACUACUAUUAUGUUUUCUCUUAGAAAAGAAGGUUGAAAAAUGGUGUCUUAGAUACCUAAUUGUUAAUCAUUUGACAUCUGGAUAGUAUCACUUGUUAUAUACAAAAUAUGAAUAAAGGAAGCAAAUAAUAAGAAGUCUUCUUCCAUAAAAUACUUUAAUGUAUUCACCGUUGGUUUUUAUACAUUGGCGACACAAAUCGGUGAUUCUAUGCUGAUUUUGAAAGUGUCACAAUAAAUUUUACUUCAGACAAGUGAAAAAUGUGAUUAUAAUAUCACGUUUAAUUUGUUCUUAAAGGUUUUUUAAAUAUGAAUACCUUUUGUAGCAAAAUAAUCGAUUAGAACAGUCUAAUGUAAAGAUAGUAAUUACUUCCAGAUUGAAUGAAUAUUUAAUUGUAGACAAGUGAAACUAGGUGUCCAGAUUUUAAAUAUUUAGCCAUAUAUUACAGUAAAAUAAUGAACCUAGAUAUUAUUCUAUAAGAUGAUCCGAUUGUGAAACAUUAAACUCGAUAUUAGAAUUUUCCUGUAUGCGAUAAAAUUUUAACUUGAGAUUAGACUUGCAUAAGGGGAUGGUAUUCGAUAUAGAUAAAAAGAUAGAUUAUGAUUUACUUCACUAAGUUUAACUAAUUUAUAUACAUUUAUUGUAGUUUAUGUAUUUUAAAUCAAAAUUAUUAAUAAUAUCUUGCCACAGUUGAUAAGCAUAUUUAUGCGAUAGCGAUAGUUCUUAGAUGAUAUUAAAAGCAACCAGCAUGUUAUACGUUAUUCAAUUGACCCAUGAUCUCAACUAUUAAAAUUACUAUAAUAUACACAAAAUCACUCCUGAUACUAUUCACAAUAUACUCACUGUUGUGAGAUACUAACUCACUGGACACAAUGUUGAAUGUGUCGCUUAAUUUCUUGGAUUAGUUGAAGUUAGACAUUAACACCAUUGGAUGUCGGCUCAGUGGUCUAAUGGUUAAGCGCCCGCGCGUGAGACUGAUAGGUCCUGGUUUCGAAUCUUGUGAGGUGGGAUCUUGGAUGCGCACUACUGAAGAAUUCCACAGUAGGAUGAAACGGCCGUCCAGUGCUUCCAGAUUUUCAUGGUGGUCUAGCUUCAAAAUUAAGGUAAAUACAUUUUUAGGAGGUUGAUAAAAAUACUAUAAAGUUCCUAUUAUAAGAAAUUGUACGAUGCUCCAAAAUAGUGAGUAAAUUCUACACACAUAGUAGCAAACGUAUUACUUACAAAAAUUAUUAUUUUGUAUUAAUAAUUAAAGUAAUAUAUGCUUUCAGGUAUUUGAUCAAAAUGGAAACUAUUUACGUAUGAUUGACAGUAAACUGGAGACAUUAAGCGGUCCUCAAGGUUUGGCGCUGCAUCAAGUAUCCAAUAAACUUCUUGUUGUAGAUCCAGGCAAUUAUUGUUUCAAGGUAUUCAAUGCCAAUUCAACAAAAGAUCAAGGCCGACAAUCAUCCAUAUUCGUCAGUCGGAGUUAGUGGUUUGAUGAUUACAAAUUUGAAAAAAAAACAUUGAGAUUUCAAUAAUGCCUUUCUUAUAAUUACAAAACUAAGCUUCCUUAAUCCUACCUUUCUCUCCUAUGUACAAAAGAUGACCUAAUGGAGCAAUUUUUCUUUGUAUAGGAUACUUUUUAUGAAUUUCCCUUGGAGAUUACAAGAUUUUCAUCAUAAUAUUCUUUAUCACGAAUUUAAUCAAAUUUAUUUGAAUAUUUGUGUAUGCAUUUAUAUUUAAGACAUGGUGACAUAUACCUCACAUUUUGUCAGAUAUAUGAACACAUUCAUUGAGAAAUCGCUCAGCAUGAUUAUUGCUCAGCUCAAUGGCUUUUUAUUAGUUACCUGGAUUUAAUUAACUUUCAAUAUUACUCAAAAUACUUGAUUUACUGCAAAAUUUAUUCUUAAAUAUUCAUUUGAAAUAAGUAGAGUAAUAUAUAAUUGGUAGGUUGAAUUGUUUCUAGCUUCAUUUAACAUUUCUCAAACAUGAUUUAAUGCAUAAACUUCUAGUCAUAGGUUAUUAUGUAAAUAAAAUCACAAAUGAUUUACAGUCUUUCUG